AAAUGGCCGACCUGUACGACCCUGACUACGGGACCGCAUAUUAUCGGUCCCGGGAUCCCGUCAAAAACAUAAGAAUUCGGGUGAAUUUAGAACGGGUGACCUCAGCAAGUAUGGUGCCACAGGCUGCCACUGACCAAGGUGGACUACAGGAUUUUGGUGCUCUUGACUUUGGUGGCAAGAAAGAUGGUGAGAUAUAUGUGUUCGAAUGGCAAGAGAAAGUUUUCAGUGAGAGAGAAGUUAUCUUGUAUACUGAUGAAGCCAAUUGUCCUGGUGUACUGGAGAGAAAAUAUAACAAAGAAGUCAAAAAUCUUAGGAGCAAGAGACCAACAAAGCGAUUGUUUACUUAUACAGACCAUGACACUUUCACAGCUCAAGAACAGAUGAUUCCCAAGAUGACUACAUCAGUUAGUGAUGAGCAGUCAGCUCUUGCUAAGAAAGUUACCACAGUGCGAAAGAGAAAAAACUUUGGCAGAGGGCGGGACAGUGAUAAGGCUCCUAUUCCCAAGACAAAUCUGAUUGAUUCUGACCCUAGUGAAGAAAAGAAGCUGAAAACCCACAUUGUGAAUCGACCGGUCAAAACCAUGUAUAUUAUGGCCGACGUUAGCCCAGAAGAUGCCGUAGCAACAGAAGAUGAUGAAGCUAUUCUAUGCACAAUUCAGGUGGACAACAGUGGUGUAGUCAGUGUCAGUCCUGACUUCAACCGUGGAAGAAAGGCAUAUCGAGUGGAAACACAGAGCCUAGGAAAAGAUGCGUUUGAAUACACCGUAGAUCAUGUGUCAAGAACAAUGAAUCGUCAAGAACAGAAUCGUGAAAUAAAGAUGUUUCGUGAGUUGUACACAAGACAUACAGAUUUCCUUCAAUCAGUUGUUGGAAAUGAGUUUGAAAUGCCUCCACCAGAUGUUCUGAGGGUGCUAGUAUAUGGCGAAAUAUUGUCUGCCAAGAAUUUUGAAUAUGACGACCUUUACAUCCAUUACUUUUGUGAUCUACCCAGAAACUGGUAUGCAGCAGGAACUGAACAGCUCUCUGGGGUUACACAUACCUGUACCACAAAGAUUGAAGGCAGGGACAAUAUUGCAUUCUUUAGUUUCCCAUUCUACUUUGAACUCUUCUACAAGAACGACACAGUGAACCCACUGAACAGAGAUCUGAUGCCAACAUGGCCGACCUUCUACAUGGAGGUCUUGUCCAUUGACAACUGGCAGAGGUAUAGGACAGAAGGCUAUGCUUAUCAGCAGGUGCCCUCAAGCCCAGGGAGAAGCUUUCAUAAAAUCAACUGCUGGCGACCAGUAGGAAAUUCCGUCAUACCUGAGUUGAGGCGGUUCUUUAUUGGAGGCUCACCAGAACUAGAGGACCCAACUUACGCAUCCACACCAACAGGUCAUAAUGAUACGUUGAUGAGCAAGUAUGGAUUCAAGACAGAAUCUACGGGAGAAGUGACCAUCCGCAUGCAUUCCAUCCAACAGUCCCGAGCAAAUGUUGACAAGAGCUUGUCCAAGAAGAAAGUUGGAUCGCUCAUCGACAGACUUGGUGGCCAAGCAACGCAAAACAGUAUCAUGGGCGUGAUAGAUGCCUUCAAGAAGGCAAGGGAAAAGAUGAUGGCCACACGUGAGAGUUUGCAGUAUCUUAAAGAGUUGAAGUUAGAUGAUGAGGAUAAAGACAUUGAUGAGCAAGAGAAUGCCAUGAACGAUGCUAGAGAUUCAACACUGCUUAUUGGUACUGUUGGUGCAGGGGAAAACGCAUAAGGCAGUUGUUGUGUCAUGAACUUUCUGUCAGUUGGCCUACAUGUACUUUCUCACCAGAGCUUUUUCAAUAUCUCAAUGAAGCACAGAUGAAAAAUGGGAAUCUUUUGAUGUUGGGUAUUCACUUUUCAGAUAGGUGAUGUAAAAUGAUUGCAUUGUAUCGUGCCAAAAAAAUGGAGUUAGUCAUUAUGAGAAAGUCAUGUGAAAUGUACUCUCAUCAAUAGUAAAUAUGUUCAGUGCAGAAUGUUAUUUCUUACCGUAUAUUCAUAUACAAUUAGUUUGUAAAUAAAAAUUGCCCAGGAAUGUAGAAUUUAGCUUUUCCAUGUACAGUCUGUAUCAUGUUUAUCAUGUCGUACCAAAUGUACCUGUAAUGUGAUAUGUUUACUAAAUAAAUACAU